AUGGAUUAUCAAGCAAUAUCAGCCUUAGGCCCCAUGGAACAAGCAACUACAGGGAGCAUCAAUGCAUUUAGUCUGCCAAACACAAUCUGUGUGCCCUCAGGAGACAACCCACCACAGUGUGGCAUGCACAGCCUGAGUCUGAAUGAGCCUGAACCGAUAGGGAUUACCUACAUGGUGAAUGUAGGAGGGAAAUUCAAAGCUUGCCAGCGGCUCAGUACUGAGAAGUAUAAGAAUUGGCAUGCUGCAAUUGUUGAGGUGUCGGGGUUUGCACAGACAUACACCUUCAAGCAUGAGCUUGCUUGGAAGAUGUACUCGGCUCCUAAGAACCAGGACCCAGUUGCCAUUGACAAUAAAAGUGACUACAAGAUGAUGAUCUGUGAGGUUGAAAAUGUGAGUGUGAAAAAGGAGCCAACAGUUGCAAUUAUUAUCAGCAACUUGCCAAAAGACAAUGCAGAGUCAUCUUGUAGUGACAAACAGACUCGAAAGUCAAAAAAGGCAAGGAUCGAGCAACAAAAUGAGAGACUGAGUUCCCCAGCCACUGCCUCAGAUUCCGAGGCUGAUUCUGAGUCCAGGCCACACAAAAUUCCAGGGGCAUUGUCAGUUCAUGAGCUGGAAGAGUUGAUUAGAAAGAACAAUGCCUUUUGCGAGUCCCACCAAGAACACUGCCAUGUGUCUUCAGCUCAUAGCAGUGAAGGCCAUCACAUUGUCCUGACUCAAUCAAUGAUUAAGCAUUGGGCCCAACAAAUUGGUGUUGCCUCAAUUAAGGAGAUACCAAAGUUCUUCCUUAAAGAGGCCAACUCUCCUGCACCAGUGAAGGCAGUUGAGAAAUGGGCGAAAAAUCCUCUACCUCCAACUUUGUCAGGGCAAUAG